AAGAAAACCUGCCCCCGUUGUGUUCGCGCGGGGACGUUCUGUUUUGGUCUAUGCAUCUGGAAAGGGCCCGUGAUUCUUUCCGCGAAACAACAGACAUGCUCCUUUAUAUUGUUCGAAACGGCUUUCCACUAAUUGCACGGUCACAACAAAUAUUUUAAAUACAAACUGUCAAAGUUUACUUUUCAGUGAGGUACUGAGAUAAUUUUAAUGUGCUUCCUAGCAAGUAGCUAGCACAUUACCAGCUAUGGUGUAACCAGGCGCUCGCCAGCAUACUUGGCCCAUUCCAUUGAAAGCGGUUUUGGAUAAAUACAUGAAAUGAGCUUUCACUCGCUAUCAAGACACACUUCCUAAUGGUCGUUAGCACCUGGCCGAACAUUACGAGCCGGUCGCCUGCACAGUAAACAUGGCGGAUUCAGACAAAGAUGAGAAUGGAGACUUUGUAGCACAAGCUUUUAGCGAGAACUCACCAGCCUCUGCAGGUGAUGAUGUAAGGAUGGCCUCUGACGGGGAGGGUGAUGGAGAGGCAGCCGGCCCUCACUUCCCCACUGGGUGGAGCGAGGAGACGGCAGAAGGUGGGAGCGGAGGCGGAGGGACGGAGGAGGUGGGGGAUGGAGACGAGCUGGACGGGCUACCCGUGUUUGGGGUGGACCAGGACCCCUGGGACUUGGACGCCCCUUCGCUGGGCGAGCCAUACCCUGAAACCUCCAACACGGGGUCCGACUCGCGGAUGACGGGACUGGAGGAAGAGCAGCAGCAGCAUGGGCUGGACGAGGGGUCAGACGCCAACAGCCACACAGAAGAAGGGCCUCUUAUAGAUGAGGAUGCAGGGCUGAGCCACCCCACAGGGCUGUCCCCCAUGGCUGGUGACGAGGGCGUGUUUGGCCACUCCGAGGCAGCUGCUCCAGAGGAGAGGGCCGUGGUGGACGAGACACACUCCUCUCCCACACACACACCACCAGCUGAGGCAACUCCAGAAGAAGACCAACACCAGUCAGAAAGUCCAGAAGCAGACUCCCAAACUGAGGACCCAGCUCUCCUCCUGCCUCCCUCCCCCCGCGCCUCCACCAGCGCCAUGGAGCCUUCGGGUCCGGUGGUCCCGGUGGUCCCAGAGCUGGCGCUGUACCCGAGCCUGCCCCUGCUCAGCAUCAAGGACGAGCCCAUGGACGAGGGCUACGACGUCGCCUUGCAGCAGCCACAGCCCUCCGCCAGCCGCAUCAAGCAGGAGCUGGACCAGCCAGAGGAAUUCGCCUCAUCUAGCAGCACAGAACAGCUUCGCAUCAGUGCUGUGUUCUCUGUGAGCGGAAGCUCCAACAACUCUGCUGCUCCUGCUCCAAUGCCCCAGGCCUCGAUGCUAGCACCCCCUCGAACGGCCCCUGCACUUGCCCCCGCCCCCACUCCUGCCCUUGCCCCUCCGCCGGUUCCUCCGCUCUCCGCCAUCAUGAUCCGCUGCUCCGGCUGCUCCAAGGUCCUGCAGAGGGGUCAGACGGCCUUCCAACGCAAAGGCUUCAACCAGCUCUUCUGCUCCACACCCUGUCUCACGGGUGCCGCACUGCCCCCCGUCACCGUCGCCCCCCCUAUGACUACCGCUCCCCCACCUGUCAUGCCCAUCAUGCCCAUUCCACCUGCUAUCCCACCCACGCGGAAGAAGUUCUGCAGUAACUGUCACAAGGAAGUGGUGAAUCUGAAGGACCUGAUCAAAGCUCCUGUGGGGAACACCAUGAGGGACUUCUGCAGUCAGACAUGUAUGGAGAGCCUGAGUCAGAAGAUGGCCCUCUUCCCACGUCCACGCCGCAGCGCUGACGGCGACGGCGACGUCACUAAGUGCAGCAUUUGCCAGAAGAUGUCCGUUAUCGAGCACGAAGUGAACCAUUUCGGCUCCAUGCACAAGUUGUGCAGCGACCACUGCUUCACGCGCUUCCGCGUCAUCAACAACGUGAGCGUGAACGUGUGCGAGUCCUGCGGAAAUCACUGCUCCAGCUCCACCGGGACCCUGUGUCUGCUGCAGGCCGACGAAUGGCUCAAGAAGUUCUGCAGCACCGGGUGCAUCUUCACUUACAGACAGAAAUGCAAGCAGGCGUUCUCGUGCAGCCGCUGUCAUAUCACGUGCUAUGCACAGUCGAUGCUGGAGAGUCCCAACCAGCUGGGCAUCACGGAACUCUUCUGCUCCAACAAGUGCCGCAUCACCAGCCGUGUGCCCAACAACCUAGCGGAUGCCCAGUUCCCAUGUACACAAUGCCAAAACGUCCGAGUCCCGCAGUACCACCUGGCCACUGGAGAUGGCGCCAUAAGAAACUUCUGCUCUGUCAAGUGUGUCAAUGUAUACCAGGAGAAGAGCAGCACUUCCACACCGCUAAGCCAGAUGAACGGCAGUACCAGUGUGCCCACAAACCCCAUGAAGGGGCAGCCUUACCCCCAACAGCCACCAACCCCACCCCCACACCGGGUCCCUCACCUGACACAAAUGCUCAACCCCCUGCUCCAUCCUCUGCCACCCUACGUACCCACGCCUCUCCACAACCACGGCCCACAGCAUCUCGUGCCAGGCUCCACUCACCUCGCACCACCACACUACAUUCCGGCCCCAGCAGUGGCGCAGCCCGGGGUCCUCUAUCAGCAACAGCAGCAACAUCCUAAUCAGCAUCAACAACAACAACAACAACAACGACUGCACCAUCCCCAACCAUCAUCCUCCAUCUCCACCUACCAGCUCCCCAGGAUCUACUGCAAACAGUGCAGUCAGGGCUUUAAUGCCAAGCCACAGGUCCUUCAGCACAAGGACCAGGUUUGGCUGUUCUGUGGGAAGACCUGCUGUGAGCUGUUCAAGCGCCUCAGCGAGAUCAUGGCCCUGUGCGACUACUGCAAACUGAACAAGGUGCUGAAGGACGUCAGUCUGACGUUUGAGAACAAUCCACGCACCUUCUGCAGCGAAGGCUGUAAGCUGCUGUUUAAGCACGACCUGUCCAAGCGUCUGGGUCAGCAGUGCAGCACCUGUGCCUUCUGCUCCAACAUGAGCCCCCAGACCAUCCCCAACUACUUCGGAGGCAAGGUGGAGGAGUUCUGCAGCAAGGACUGCAUGUCCGCCUACACCGUCCUCUUUUAUGAGAUGGCCAAGUGUGACGUGUGCAAGAAGCAGGGUCGUCUGACGGAAAGCUUGAAGUGGAAAGACGGCGUGAAGCACUUCUGCAAUCAGCUCUGCUUCAUCAACUUCUGCCUGCGAGCCAGCCAGCAGAACCAGCGGCUCACCAACGGCACCGGAAACGCUGCUGGACUCCGACCUGCAGGCCUGGUCUCUGCUCCUGCCCAGCCAUCCGUCUCCAAGGAGACGCCGGUGAUUGGCGACGUGGUGUCUCUGGCCUCCACCCCCAGCGGCCAGCCCGGUGACUCAGCCCACACGGCCCUCACAGGAGCACUGCCUACCUCAAACAGCCAUGCAAAGAUCAUCGGUGAUGCGAGCACUCAGACGGACGCUAUGAAGCUGCCGUCGCCCCCGCCCCGCAUGCUGAAGAACAAAGCGCUCAUGUGCAAGCCCAUCAUGGUGGAGCGGGGCGUGCAGUGUCGCCUGGAGUCGCCGCCGCCGCCAGCGGCCUCGGACGAGGGCAAACACGCCGCAGACAAAGAGACCGGCAGCAGAGAAGACGCAUACACGCUAUGGAACAUGACUCAUAAAGUGAAAGAUGAGGGAGACAAAGAGGAGAAGGUGCGCCUGGUGCCGGUGCCAGUCCCUGUGCCCGUGCCGAUCUUCAUCCCGGUGCCCAUGUGCAUGUACACCCAGUACAUGCCCGUUCCCAUGGGCAUGGCCAUACCGGUGCCGGUGCCCUUCAUGGUGCCCUCCAAGCCAGAUGGCACAGGGCAGGAGGCGGCAGAGGGAGGGACGACCCCCAGAACCCCAGCGGAUGUGGCGGAGGAGGAGGAGGAGGAGGAGGAGGAAGAGAAAAUGAAGGACAAGGCAGCGUCGGUGGGAGACCAGGGCAGCACAUACAGUGGGGAUCUAGAGUCUGAGGCCAUGUCCACCCCCGUCAGCCUCGAGGAUGACCCAGCGUCCCACUUCUCCAUCGGGGCCCCAACGCCGAACCCAGAGGGGCCCCAGGACUCGACCCUCAGCCAGGCUCCCCCCGGCGGGGACGACACCCACACGCCUGGAGAGCCCAGUGCACCUGUGGAGCAGAAGGUUGCCCUGAAACACCGGGGCUUGAAGAGACCUCGAGAGGGCGCCCCCCUCAGGAAAAGGAGUCGAAAGCGCGGAGGGUCCCCUCUGGGUGGUUCGGCAGCCCCCUCCGGCGGCUCUCGGCUGAACCCCACCUACGGGGUGCAGGCCUGGCUCAGCUGGGUGCAGUGGAGGAACAAGCAGCUCAACUGUGCCAGCAACGUGGGCAAACCCAGCGGUGCGAGGGCCAUGGUGGUCAAGGAGGACGUGCUGCAGUGCAGCUCGGCGGAGCUCAGUUACGGCCUGUGCCGCUUCAUCAGCGAGGUGCGGCGGCCCGACGGCCAGCCCUACGCUGCGGACAGCACCUACUGUCUCUGCCUGGGCAUUCAGCAGUAUCUGUUUGAGAACGGGAGGAUCGAGAACAUCUUCACUGACUCCCUCUACAACAAGUUCACCGUGGACAUCACCAAGAUGCUGAAGAACUGGGGCCACACGGUUGAGCCACAUGAGCUGCUGCAGUCCCGUGUGGAGGAGGAGUACCUGUGGCAUUGUAAGCAGCUGGGGGCCUACUCACCCAUCGUGCUGCUCAGCACACUGCUCUUUUUCGCCACCAAGCUCUUCCGCUUCACCACCCUGGCGCACCACCGCCGCCUGGCUUUCUCCCACAUCUCCCGCCUCACCCACACAUCACCCGGCGGCAAGAUCGCCUACGUGCGCUUCAGGAUCCCCGGCCUGGAGAAGGGUACUGCAAUGCUUGCCUUACCCUCGAAACAAAAGCUGGAGGAAAAUGACGACAGCCAAGAGGGUGAUCUAGAGAUGCCAGAGAACAAAGAUAACCCACUCCGCUGUCCCGUGCGGCUCUACGAGUUCUACCUCUCCAAAUGUUCAGAGUCCGUGAGGAAGCGCACAGACUUGUUCUACCUCCAGCCAGAACGCGUGUGUGACCCAAACAGCCCGCUGUGGUACUCGGACCAGCCUCUGGAGAACGCCACGCUGGAGAACCUGCUCACGCGGAUCCAGGCAGUGCGGCAGGUUUACACUGGGGACACCGAGGAGCAGAACCAGGCCACAUCCACCGACGAGAGCUCCUAACGGCUCCUCAGACAAACUCCACGGACAUUUCCAGGAACAAAAUAAAACAAUUUUACGUUUUAUGAAAUAAGUUGGACAUUUUUCUCUGCCACUUUUGGAGGCGAGGUUGAUUUUAAGAAUAUUCUUUGGGGGGGGAGGGGGGAGGGGAUCGAGCGUUGCUCAGGUAGUUGAAAAAGGUUACUAAGGACAACAUCCUCAUAAUCGCAUUUAAACUGAAUAUUUCCUUUUGACUGUUGUUCCUGUUUUGUUGGCUGCUUGGUUUUCCUCUUUGUCACAGUACGUUUCUUUUUGCUUUCAAAAUGUUUACACUUUCCCCAUAUGGAGGCCAACACAGAGCUGCAUCAUGGAUAAUGAACAUUGAUCCCGCAUAAACUUCAGAAUAAUAUGUGUCCUUUUCCAUGAAAGGCUGAAGUGAGCUGCUCAGAAACGAUUUCGAAGGAGAGGUCAUGAACAUUUCCUGGGGAGGAGGAAUGAUUUCCUAACCCUGACAAAAACACUGCAUCCUCUGCUAUGAAGGAUAAGCUGCUGUAUGGCUCAUUAACAUACCAGUAAGAGCUCACAGUGUUCAGACUCUGACAGGGAUCUUCACUGGUGUGUAUUUCUGAGUUACUGUAGAAACUGUUACUCGUACCUGCCUAGAAUGUAUGUGAAUCAUGACUUCCAUUCCACCCACAGUCUGCAGUUUUCUACUGAAAUUACACUCUCGGCUUGCUCAAAAGGGUUUGUUUGGGUGGUAGAAUUCAUUUUUGUAUAACCAACAAUGCAGUUUAUUGUUUUAGGUUUGUUUGGAAAAAAAGAAACAUUGGGUGUCCAAAUCAGAAUUACAGAAAUACAACUUUGGGUUCUGGCCCCUGGCAAGUCACCAGUGUUCAGGUAUGCUGUUGCCCAUCUUCAGAGAACAUUGGGGAAAGACGGUGUGCCGUUGCCUAAAAGAAAAUGGCAGAAUGUGCCUUUAAUAGUCCCCCAGUAGCAGGUCUCUGUGAUCACCUACCUCCAGUUUCAUCCCGAGGUCUCGGGCACCCUUCUUCCCAGUGCAGUGAAGACAAACUUCUGAUAAAGAAUUAUGGAGCACAUCAAUAUAAUCUCUCAUGCUGAAGAGAAUAAAAAGUUUUUUUUUCCAUUUAACCUGUGUGUGCGUGUCUACUGACUGGUGAAGACAGUUUAAAUGUAUAGUGUUCUAUUUUGUUAAUGUUGUAUUUGUUAUUAAUUGUUGGUCAGUGUUUUAAAAACAAACUGUUGAUUGGUCAUCAUAUUUGUAUUUUUGAUCUAUUGAGACUGCCACCUGUUGUCCAUUUCUACAACAGACAAGUUAAUGUUACUGACUUUCUAGAAACAUAACCAGGUAAUGCAUUGGUAAUUAGCAGAUUGUAUGAAAAAGGAACAGGUUUGCAGUAGUCUAAUUAGCUUUGCAACAUGCAUACCUGUUGUCUCAUCAUGCAACAGUUUUACCAGAGGUGAGACUUAAACAAAUAUUUAAUGUACAGGUAGAACUGACUUUUGCACAGAAAUGCACAAAAAAAAAGUAGACUUCCAACAGUUUGCAGCCACUGAGGACUAUGCAGAUAUGUUCACAGCCUAGCUUGCACUACACUGAAGUAAGGGCCAUUGUCACAUUUGCUACCAUGGUAACAGAAGAGAUCCAUGGCUGGCACUGUAAUGUGAAUUGUAGAAGCAUUGCACUCUCGUCAGGAGUGAAAAUACAGCACAAAUGUGAUUUAGUGCGAUGGUGGGGGUUUUGUUGUUUCAGUGACAGAUGAGAGACUGUGGUCCUCUGGCUUGCCAAGAUAAUUGUGCCAUUUUGGCUGUGGAUUUGAGUGGCCUUGUCUUUACAUUGACUGCAUAAUUUACACCUUAUUGUGUUUACGUCACUCUUUCUUCUACUCUUCUUUUCUUUUCCUUGAGUGAUGCAUCUUUUUCCUCCAUGUUCCUUUGCCUGAUGAACGGAGAGGGAGGAUGGCCAACACCAAUGUGUUGUAUAGCCUGUGCAGACGAGUGUGUUUGUCUGUGUGUGUGUGUGUGUGUGUGUGUGUGUGUGUGGGAGUGAACAGGGCAUGAGGAGAGAGAUGUGCGCGGGUUUAAGUAUGAGGAGAGAGUGUGAGUGGGAGACAAAUAGGAGAGAUGGUUGAGAUGUGCAAAGAUAAAAUCACAAAGGGUGUCAUAUAAGCUGCAGUUUUUCUUUUUCUUUUGUUUAAAUAUCCAUUUCAUUAUUUAUUUCAUCAAGUGACACAUUAAGAUCAAAUCCAAACAACAAAAAAAUAUCUCUUUACAUGUCACCUGUAGCAUAAUGCAUUUUUUUUUUUUUUACCAUUAACUCAGUUUCAUGUGGUUUCCAAUGAGAUCUGUGUAUCUUCAGGGGGCUUGUGGAAACUGGAUCUCCUGGGAGGGUUUAGUUUGAUUUCCCUUGUGCUCCUUGUCUGAAGAGGAAAUGUGAGCCAGGUCAAACCCAAAAUGAGGGGAAAGUAAGCGAGAACAGCAGAGCAGGGGACAGAGAGAGACUCGGAGCUCCAGAUAGCCGCCAAAGCCCUGAAGCAGCUUCAGAGCACGGGGGAGGGGAAUCGGUGAUUGAGAGGGAGAGUGAGUGAAUGUGUGUGUGUGUGUGAGAAAGAGAGAGAGAGUGAGAGAGGGAGCUGACGGUGUUGAAAUAAGGGUCCAUUUGUCAAACAAUCAGCGCUUCAGUGGGAGUGGAGAGGCGAUCGGUGAGAUUGUGAGGGAAUGCGAGCUCUGUGGAUAUGCCUGGACGGAUGACACAUUUUUGGUGUUGGACUCGCGCCUGGGACUCAGGGUGCCGCUCAUCUGCUGUUGGAAUGACGAUGCUGGCGAUCUGAUUGCUUUUGGAGACUGACCCCCUCACACCACUUAUGGGAAGUGUACGGUCAUGCUGACCACUUUGAAGAGGCGAAGCGGUGGAAAGUGGGGCCACACACACCUCUAAG